AUGGUCGCCAUCAACCAGCUCAGCACGUUUGCCGCCUCGGUUGUGCUCCUCUCCCUCGCCGCGCCGCAAGCCGGCGUCGAGGCGGCUCCGGCACUGCGUGCGCGUGAGCCUUCGGCGUCGGCGCUCGCCGGUGCCGGCCGGCGCAUGGAGCGCAUGAUGCUGCGCUCGACGUCGCCGCCGGCGCUGCCCAAGAACGUGCAGUUUGCGCCGCAGGCUCGCCGUGGCCGCCCGGCGACGAAGCGUGCCAGCGCCGGCAGCAAGCGCUCGAAUGUGCACGAGCACAUCCACGAGCACAUCCACGAGCACGACCACGACCACAAGCACGGGCACCGCCACCACGGCAAGCACUCGAAGGACGAAAAGUCGCACCACUCCAAGCACUGGGCCAUCCACCACGGCCUCGCCAAGCGCGAGGGCGACGAGGCGAAGCGCGACUACAUCACCCUCGGCGGCGACUUUGUCGGCUACCGGCCGCAGGCGGCGCACCACACGGCCGACGACGGCCUGCUGCAGGUGCUCGUCGGCCGCUCGGGCGAGGUGGAGCUGGAUGCGCGCCGCCACUCGGGCCACUCGGACCACUGGUGGAAGCACCACAAGGGCGACCGCAAGGGCCACGGCCACGACCACGACCACGAGCAUGUGCACAUCCACGAGCACAUCCACUCGCGCGACCCGCGCCACAGCGACCGCCACGGCGACCGCCACCGCCACGAGCACGACCACGACCACGAGCACGUGCACGAGCACAUCCACUCGCACGAGCACCGUCGCUCGGCGGGCAUUUCGCGCGAGAACGACGGCGUGGCGGCUCGCGCGCCGUCCAAGAGCCGUCCGUUCCGCUACCACCCGCGCGACGUGCUCGCCCAGCAGCAGGAGCGCGGCCUGAUCGGCGACGUCGUCAAGCCGCUGCUGGCGCCGCUGAACGCCAUUCCCGGCUUCGUCACCAUCAGCGACCUGCUCUUCGGCGACGCCGGCCUCGUCAAGAAGCUCGGCGGCCUCGUGCUGCACGCCGAGCCGGCCGGCGGUGCGCGCACGCUCGCGGCGCAGAGCACGGCCUCGGCCUACAACUACUCGCUCAUGGCGAGCAAGGGCGAGCGCACGCAGGUCUGGCUCAUGGCCACCGACGCCAACAGCACGACGGUCAAGUCGGACGCCACCAACGCGACGUUUGCCCCGUCGCCGACGUUCAACAACGACACGACCACGGUGCGUGUCGCGCUGCCCAUUGUCAACGACAAGGGCGAGCCGGUGCUUUACUGCGCCACCUUUGCCAAGCUGCCGCCCUCGACGCUCGACUUGACGCCGUGCGCCGAGGACGCCAGCGAGAGCCAGCCGGAGGCGGCCAAUGCGCCGACCAGCCAGCGCUUCACGUACACGGCCAGCUCCGGCGUCCUGGCACCCAUCUACGCCGCCGUCCCGCCAACGGCGGCGUCUGAUGCUGCCUCUUCGUCGUCGAGCCCGGCCUCGUCGGCUGCUGUCUCGAGCAGCAGCAGCGUCGACUCCGCCGCUGCCUCGAGCUCCUCGAGCGCUGCACCGGCUAGCACGGCGACGCCCGUGUCGUACUUCCGCAUCCUCGCCGUCAACGGCUCCGCCUCCGCUCUUCCCGCCGCUGCUGCUGCCACAGCGCUGCCCGCGAGCAACGGCACCGCCACCGACGGCAAGGUCUCGCUGCGCUUCGUCCCCGCUGGCGCAGCCGCCGCGGCCGAGUUCAACACCCAGGCCACGCAGGACACGCAGGAUGCCUCGGACGACGUCCCUGCCGCCGCCGGCGAUGCUGCCACAUCGUCGACGGAUGAGAUCGGCUCGGGCUCGGACGACUUUCCUGCCUCGACUGCCUCUGCCCUCCCGGCCGCCGGCAACGACGACGACAGCCAGAUGGACGCAUCUGACUCCGACGUCGCUGCUACGACUGGCAGCGUGAUCGACGGCGCCAACCGUGUCGCUGCCGCUCCCGAUGCCGAGGCCGCCGACCCCAGCAUGGACGAGGACCUCCCCGCUCCCCCGGCGGGCACGGACAGCGCCGAUGCCGUCACCUCUGCCGCCGCAGAGGCGACUUCGUCGCCCGCUGCCUCCACGCCCGUUGGUGCCGCGGACCCGAGCGCUCUCGAUGCGCCGACGGACGAGUCGGACCUCGACGAGUCGCCCGCCGCCGCUCCGACUGCCGCCGCUGCCGGUCUCGUCGGUGCCGUCACGGGCGCAGCUGGCGCCGUGACGGACGCUGCUUCGGACGUCGCUGCCGAUGCCACGGCCGCUGCUGCGCCCGCCAGCGCCAACGCUCGUCUCACCCUCGCUGAGAACAACGCCGAGGCCGAGGCGUCGCAGCAGCAGCCCGGCUGCUCGUGCGCUCCUUCGCGCCGCUAA